CUGCUCUGGCUGUGUCUCAACGUGGGACUGUUUUGGAAAACAUUCCGGCGAUAUUAUCAUGAGCCUCAGUAUUACUAUUUGCAUCAGAUGUUGGGGCUAGGGUUGUGCCUCAGCAGAGCUUCGGCAUCUGUCCUCAACCUCAACUGCAGCCUGGCCCUGUUGCCCAUGUGCCGGAUUCUCUUGGCCUCCCUCCGCGGGUCUCAGAAGGUGCCCAGCCGAAAAACGAGGAGAUUGCUAGAUAAAAGCAAAAUGUUCCAUGUCACAUGUGGUGCCACCAUAUGCAUCUUUUCAGUGAUCCAUGUUGCUGCCCACCUGGUGAAUGCUUUGAACUUCUCUGUGCACUACAACGAAGAGUUUCGGGAGCUCAAUGUAGCCAGCUACCAAGGGGAGGAUCCCAGAAAACUCCUGUUUGCCACAGUUCCUGGAUUAACUGGGGUUCUUAUGGUCCUGGUGCUCUUCCUAAUGUCUACAGCUUCUACUUAUGCUAUUAGGGUGUCUAAUUAUGACAUUUUCUGGUACACCCACAACCUCUUUUUCGUCUUCUACCUACUGCUGAUGUUGCAUGUUUCUGGAGGAGUUCUAAAAUAUCAAACUAACUUGAAGGAGCAUCCGCCCGGGUGUUUUAAUCCCAACGAGACAAUUCAAGAGAACAGCCGGUUUGCAGAUGGUUUUGAAAAGUCUCUCCCUGCAAUUGCCCCGGAGGCUUUCCCAGGAGGGUUGGGCAAGCUGGAACCUCUUCUCAGAAGCAGCUUUGUUUGUACGGAGGAACCAAAAUUCCAAGCCCAUUUCCCGGAGACGUGGCUGUGGAUCUCCGGCCCAUUGUGCUUGUAUUGCGCAGAGAGACUCUACCGCUACAUGCGUAGCAGCAACAGACCCGUCACGAUCACCGCGGCAAUCAGCCAUCCCUGUGAUGUCCUUGAGAUAAGGAUGGUGAAGGAGGAUUUCAAAGCACGGCCCGGGCAGUAUGUCAUUCUACACUGUCCCAGCGUCUCAUCUGUUGAAAGCCAUCCCUUUACCCUAACACUGUGCCCAACGACUACCAAAGCAACAUUUGGCGUUCAUAUUAAAGUUGUAGGAGAUUGGACAGAGAGAUUUCGGGAUCUGUUGCUGCUUCAUUCCGACUGGGAUGCCGACAUUCUGCCCAUCUUUCAGCAAAGGCAUUAUCCUAAGGUGUAUGUAGAUGGUCCCUUCGGGAGCCCCUUUGAAGAAUCCUUCAACUAUGAAAUCAGUCUCUGUGUGGCCGGAGGCAUCGGCGUGACUCCGUUUGCAUCCAUCCUCAACACCUUGCUCGAUGACUGGGAAUGCUAUAAACUCAGGAGACUUUACCUAAUUUGGGUGUGCCGAGACAUCCAGUCAUUCUGCUGGUUCGCUGAUCUGAUCUGCAGAUUGCAUAACAAGCUCUGGCAAGAAAACCGGCCAGACUUUGUAAAUAUCCAGCUAUACCUCAGUCAAACGGAUGGGAUACAGAAAAUCAUUGGAGAGAAGUACCAAGUACUGAACCGCCGGCUUUUCAUUGGACGGCCUCGCUGGAAACUUCUAUUUAAUGAAAUCGCCAAGUGUAACAGGCAGAAGACUGUUGGUGUUUUUUGCUGUGGGCCCAAUGAAAUCUCCAAAGCCCUUCAUAAGCUGAGCAACAGCAGCAAUCCCUAUGGGACCAGGUUUGAAUACAAUAAGGAAUCCUUCAGCUAA